UGGUUCAGAAAUAUAUUGGAGAAGGCUCUAGAAUGGUUAGAGAACUCUUUGUUUCUCUAACAAAGAUGUUUUGCCUACCUCAUGGAUAAAGAUGGGACCUUCAGGAAUUCAUUCAGUGAUGGUUGGGAUCGUAUCCUGUCAAAGCAUCCUAUUCCAUUUUACUAUUGUAUAGGGGUCAUGGCCUUCUUUGUGCUGCUUGGAUUUUUUGGGCUCAUACUACAUUGUUCCUCCCUGAGCACUAAUGACCCACGGAUGACUAACUGCCAAAACUGCUGCUAUGGCUGGGGUAUUUUGGAUUGUUUUCCUGUGUCUAUGGAAGCAUGCUUUGCCCUAGUUAUUGUUUUUGUUGUCAUUUUCGCCAUUCUUGGCAUAGCCUACGGUUUCCUUGCUGCCACAAUUCAGAAGAUCUGGCAGCGACACUGCCACAUUCUCACCAAAAGAGAGCUUACAAAGGAGUACAUUGUGGAGGAUCUUCAUGGUAGUUACACACUGCCUAAACUGGAUCUGGAACAUGAAGAACGUCUAAAAACGAUGAAGCUUUUGUAAUGAUGGGUGGGAGGGUAAGUUAUACACAACGUAUCUGUAAUGUUUGAAAUCUUUCAGCAUGGAAAAGCUACAGUGUAUAUUUGCAUGGCAAAUUUUGUUUGCUAUAGCAAGGAAUAAAAAGAAUGUUAGCAUUUUUCUCUAAA